AUGGGAGAUUACUUAAACGACAAUUCAGCUGAUUAUAUACCAAACUCGAAUGUGAACAACGCCGACUCAGAAACACCCAAUUUUAAUUACACCAGUAAUUACAAUUAUGAUAGUAAUAGUAACUUAGCCCUGCAACCUCAGCUAAAUCAGCAACAACAACAACAACCACAACAGCUACAUCAAAACCAACUGUUCAACAUGAAUUUUGACUCAAAUAACAAUAAUACUCAAAAUGACUAUUCAUUGAAUAUCAAUUAUAGCGGUUACUCCGGCAGUGGUAAUCUGAACGCAAACCUCAACACAUCCAACAAUUCAGCAGAUAUUUCAGCAUAUAAUUCUAAUACUCAGCUUGUGGAUGGACAGGAUUAUUUAAGCCCAAUGGGAUUUACAAGUUACAAUGCCCAAUCUGAUACAAAUGUGUUUGGUGGGAGUUCUAUUCCUGGUUCUUUUACAAAUGAGCCUUUCUUGGAUGACGUAGCCUUCUCCCAAGCGAUUUUGGGUCCCCAAUUGCACUUGCAGAAUAGCAACACAUCCCCACGUCCGCUUUCUCCUAAUCAGUCAGGUCAACAAUUUGUCAACCCAAUAUCCAAUUCGGUUAAUUUAGAUGAACUCAUAUCACCACAAAAUAACGAUGAGUCCUCUUUUCUAAAUCCACAGUUUUUUUCUCCGUCAACCAGAGGUGAACACCUAAGUGGAUUGGGCUCUAUCGCUGAGGAUGACAAGAAUAAUUUAGCUUUCAGCCCAGAUUUCUCUAAACGACAAAGCAUUAGUGGUGCCUCCUUUUCAAAUAAUAACAACACGGUAUCAGAUCUUCCCGCAUUAUCGUAUUUAUCUCCACAACUCAAUCCCACGUUUGCGUCUCCUGGGGUUGAUACCAUCCCCUACUUGAAUUCUCCACCUCAAUAUCCACCAAUCAAAACCGAGAAUUGGAAUGCUUUAAGCCCACCGCCUCAUUCUUCGGUGUUGAGCUCAUCGGUACCAAUAUCUUCCGGAAAUGGAAUAAAUCGUGAUGUCCCUACUAAGCAAUUGAGUAAAGAAGAGAAAAUGAAACGAAGACGUGAAUUCCACAACGCCGUGGAAAGAAGAAGACGUGAUCUUAUCAAGGAAAGAAUAAAAGAAUUGGGAGUUAUAGUGCCUCCUUCUUUGUUAAACCCAACGUUGAGUGCAGUCCAGAACUUCCAAAGAAAGGGUUCUAUUGAAUCUGGUGAAUUGAGUGAAUUGAUUGGUUCAGUCAAAGUGAAAGAGACUAAACCCAAUAAAUCUACUAUAUUGAAUAGGUCGGUUGAUUACAUUAACCAUUUAAAUUAUGUUUUAAAACAACAAGAAAUUGCAAGAGUAAAUUUAUUGGCACAGAUUGAAGUUUUGGAAAAUUCCAAUGGAUCCAAUACCUCGAGCCUGUCACAACCACAAUCCCAAACUUCUUCGCAACAAUCACAAUUUCAAUCAGAAGAUGCUUAUUAUUUGGAUCAAAAUACAAGUUCCACCACUACUAACAGAGAAAUUGCCAACUACAAUCCAGAAGAUUUUUUUGCAGAUAUAGGUACUAGUACUGAGAAUAUCUGA